AUGAGUGCUCGGAUUAUAUGCCCAGAUGUCAGAAUCGUGGAAGUAGGGCCACGAGACGGCUUACAAAACAUACAAGAUCCUAUACCGACUAAGACGAAGCUGGAAUUAAUCCAGCGACUCAAAGAGACCGGACUACGUACUAUCGAGUUGACUUCCGUGGUAUCGCCGAAGGCUGUACCUCAGCUAGCGGACUGUCGGGAUGUCCUUGGUGACCCAAAUAUCAAACAGAGCUUGACAGAGCCUAAUAUUCGACAUCCGGUCUUAAUUCCGAAUAUCAAAGGACUGAAAAUUGCUAUCGAGCAUGGCGUUAAGGAAGUUGCCGUCUUUGUUAGCGCUACGGAGGGAUUCAGUAAAGCAAAUAUCAACUGCACUGUCGAUCAAGGAAUCACAAGGGCCAAGGAAGUGACUUCUUUGGCGCUACAAUCCAAUAUUGUGGUUAGAGGAUACGUAUCUUGCAUCUUUGAAGAUCCAUACGACGGCCCCACCUCACCAGCAUCUGUUCUUCAUUGCGUGCAAUCAUUACUCGAUGCCGGCUGCUACGAGAUUAGUCUAGGCGAUACCCUGGGUGUUGGCUCACCUUCUAACGUGCGAAACUUGAUAUCGUAUCUCGCGGAACAUGGUAUUCCGUUAAAAAAUCUUGCAGGUCAUUUCCACGAUACUUAUGGACAAGCAAUUGCGAAUGUCUGGGAAGCAUACACCUGUGGAAUCCGCGUUUUUGAUAGCAGUGUUGCAGGUCUGGGCGGCUGCCCCUUUGCCCCAGGAGCAAAAGGGAAUGUCGCUACAGAGGAUGUGGUAUACAUGUUUCAUAGUGCCGGAAUCAAAACAGGCGUUGAUAUAUUCAAGCUGGUCCAUACCGGAGUGUGGAUAUCAAAACAACUUUCCAUAACAAAUUCGAGCCGGGCUGGCACAGCAAUCCAUAUCAAAAAGAUGGAAUCUCUGUCUAUAGCGAAGAACCAGGCUUCCAAAGAUGUCUCGCUUCAGUGGAAUCUCGUUUCCAAGACACAGGGCCUACUUCUAUAUCGAUCUGAGGUGAAUAUGAAAAUCAUCUUGAACAGGCCGAAGAACGGCAAUGCGUUGACAGCAGACAUGAUUCAUGAUCUGACCACCACAAUCAACGACAUCAGCAACGAUCCUCAAAUCUCACGUAUUGUCAUAUCUGGAAAUGGAAAGUUUUUCUGUACAGGGAUGGACCUCGGCAAAGGCAGCACACCCGUUGGCCAAAAUGACUCAACAAGCAUGGCUCAGCUUAACCGCUUGACUGCCCUCUUUGAAGCUAUCGAUACCUCAUCUAAGGUUACAAUUGCAUGUAUCAAUGGGCCAGCUUUGGGUGGUGGUGUCGGACUUGCUUUUGCUUGCGAUAUACGGUUAUGUACAAAAGAUGCCAUGAUGACUUUAAGUGAAGUGAAGAUGGGGCUAUGUGCGGCCACAAUAUCAAAAUAUGUGAUUCGCGAAUGGGGUCUUCCAUUUACGCGAGAAGCUAUGCUAUCUGCUCGUCCUAUUGCUCCUAAGGAGUUGAAGGCGCUUGGUAUCGUCUCCCAGGUCUCCGAUUCUACUCCCAAGCUGCAUGCUCAUCUAGAUAGCUUUCUCAUUGCGCUAAAGGUAGCAUCCCCUGGUGCAUCUCGUAUGUCAAAGGAGUUGAUUAGGCUUGCAUGGACCAGUGCAGGGAGUGAUCAGCAAACUUCAGGUAUUAAGAAUAUAUUCAGUGAAAUGAUGAGCCCAGAUGCAGAUGGGGCUCAUGGUGUCAAGGAAUUCCAAGCUAGGAGAAAAGUGGAUUGGGAUUUGUAUACACAGAGAAUAUUGAAGCCAAAGCUCUGA